GACUCAGAGCAGCAGUAAGGAGGGAGGCAGGGAGGACCUCAGCUGAGAGAGAGAGAGACGUAGAGGCACACAGAGAGAGGAGUGUGUGCUGGAUGUAUGCGCUUGCUUUGCUGACUGACUGACAGACUGUGUGUGUGUGUUUGUGUGUGACAGAUAGAGAGGAAAUUGCGUGGAUACUACUCUGCAGGACUGGAUACGCUCGGCAUCCCAGGAGUCAAAGAGGCACACACACACACACAAUCAAAUAAAGAGAGCGAGGCGGACACCAACUGCUGACUGAAGGGCAGGCAGACACCGGGGCUGAGCGCGGAGGAGUGAGCAGACAAGAGAGAACGCACGAGAGCUGACUGACUGAUCGCGCCCAUGGCGAGCAAUAACACAGCCAGUAUUGCACAAGCCAGGAAGCUGGUGGAGCAGCUGAAGAUGGAGGCCAACAUUGACAGGAUAAAGGUGUCAAAAGCAGCAGCGGACUUAAUGUCAUACUGCGAAGCUCAUGCCAAAGAGGACCCUCUGCUAUCGCCGGUUCCAGCGUCAGAGAACCCGUUCAGGGAGAAGAAGUUCUUCUGUGCCAUUCUGUAAACCCGACAUGGCCCUUCAGCAGUCUGCUCGGUGCGGGACUUUGAACGCGGACGUUCAAAAUACGUAGAAAUCUUUUAGUAGGAGGGCACGGCGAUUGAUGCCCCUUUCUUGAACGGCACCGUAAGAGUGCAAAAAUUAAAAACCACAGAGUUAAUGUGUAACCAUUAAAGGGGUUGUGAUUGCUUUGUCGAGGGGGUGUUGCAGCAUGUUGAAGGGGUCUGUGCUUUAUUUUUAGAUGAUACAAAAGGGAUGAUAGUGAUUGAUGAUGACGAGCGUGAUGAUAGCCCAGAGACUUGACGGACAACCGGUCAGCCUAAAAAAGUCUCCAGGUUUUGAUGUGUACAAAACAAACAAACAAACAAAAAAAUACAUAAAAUGAGAAUAAAAAAUAUUUUGUGGUUCUUUUGGGACUUCCAAACUUUCUGUUAAAUGGCUUGUGGAGACCGAAAAAAAUAAAUGCCUUCCACUAGAUGCCACCUAAUUAUUGGAAUGUUUCUAAGUUGUUUAUUUUAUGUUUACUUCAACUUUACCUACCACCUAGAUAUCUUUCUAUAACUGUACGUGAUUACUGAAACAGCUCUGUCAACUUUUUUUAUUUACACCAACAGGUUAGUGAAAGCUUUUUUAAUGGGAUGUUUGAAACAUUGGACUCUGUGAUUCUCUUUUCAAAAACCUUUCUGAAAAAUCAGUCUCUGUGUAUCGACAUCUAUCUGGCAAAUGUGAUGCAGUUUGUCUCCUUCAGAUACAAACCCUCUUUCUACUCUUUGUAUAAAAUGACUAGCAAGUAAACUGUGCUGUGCUGUGAGUUCUGGAUGUUUGUGUUUGUAUCAUUAACUAAGUGCAUGAAAUGAACAAAGGCUCGUCUGUCUUUCCUUUCAUGUGGAGAUUGUAUGAAACAAGGGGCGGCCUCCGUGUGGAAGUGCCAGAAAAUAUUAAAAUAAGAAUGACUCAGUCUGGA